CUUUUUGAUUACUGUUUUAUAAUAUAUCAUAGCUUAUUAAUUAUUUUGUUUGUGGUCUUAAAUCCUAAUUUCAAAUUAUUCCAAGCUUGUAUUGUAGCAUCAACGUUGUUUUAUUCCUUCUCAGUAAUACAGCAUUUCCUAAGUUGACAUUGUGUCUUACUUAAUAUAAAUUUACUUUUAUAUAAAUUAAUUUGAUAUUAGUUACACAAGUUUCUAAUAUUUUCAAAGAAGACCACUUUCAUUUAAGAAAUUACUCUUGCAAUAUACCAGUUUUAUAUCGGACUCAGACUCUUCAACUCUGUUACAGCUGUCUGCGGUCGGUACACGGUAUCAUGGAUAACAUUCACAGAUACAACAAGGAGCAAUUCUUCUUUUAUGAACUUCUAAAAGAUAUCCAGGAAGAUAUUCAUUAUUUAAACGAUAAACCAGGCAAAGUGUACAUAACUUUAACGGAGCAUUUAAAUAAUGUGAAUGGUAGAGUACCUGAACCAUUUAGAGCACAAGAACUUGUUGACAUGGAAGAAUGUAUAAGAGAUGCAGUGAAAGAUCUGACCGAUCUUGAUCUUAACACUUACCUUUGUACUGGAGUUGUUGUUCUAUCAGAAUAUUUAGAUUCCCCAGAGGAUAUGUUUGAAUAUAUUGGGAAAAAAAAGAGAGGCUUGUAAUUUGUACUUUAAACUUAUUAAAAAGUUUUUGUCUUCAUCUUUACUAUAUGUAGUUUAGAAUAAUAAGUAGUCAAGUAGUUACUAUAUUAUAAUAGUAUUAAUGUUUGAAUAUUGAUAAUGAAUCAAGCAUGGAUUCAGAAAUCUGAAAUGGUGGGAGCCUACAUUUUUUUUAGAAAAAAUAAUUUUAUAGUUUUAGUACAUAAUGUCAUAAUAUGUCACAGAUAACAUUAAAAAUAACAUUUAAUAACA